AAGCUGCCGUCUCAAACCGCAAAAGAGUGUAGGAAAUGUUGUAACAUUUUUCUAACAUAUAUUUAUUUUUAUUUGCUAGAACGAUUGUAAUACUUUUUGAUUCCACCUCGCUCACAUCAUCAACCGAAAUGGAUGGAGACACAGAAGAAAAGGUGACAGAAACUUCAAAAACUUCCAAGGAAGAAUCUCAGAGACCAUUAAUGGGCCACACAUUUAGGGGUCAUGGCUUUAAAAGCCGUGAUGGAGGGGGUCGGAUAGGUCGAGGUGGCAUGCAUGGUGGGCGGGGCCUGAUGAAAGGGUUUGAGCCACCUGGAUAUGGGAGGGGUCGAGCAAAAGAGGGAACCAUGAAUGGAUUUGCACCCAUGAGAGGAAUGAGGAGGAUGCGACCUUACCCAGACCCCAGAAGUCAUCGAGGUAGGGGUGGACCAAUGUGCAUGGGCCCUCCUCCUCCCCCACCACACCCCAUGCAUCUCAGAGGCCCUUUCCCACCCAUGCCCAGGCACGGACCCCAUCCACCCCCUCCUCCAGGUCAUCCUGGUUUCAGAGGGCGUCCACCACACCCUCGAGGCCAUGGCAUGCUGCCUCCUCGACCUCCACACCAUUUCCACCCCUGCAGCCAAAGAGGGUAA